UGUGCGGCAGAGAGAGAGAGAGAGAGAGAGAGAGAGAGAGAGAGAGAGAGUAGAUGUGCAACUGCCUGUUAGAUGUAGCUGCUGAUAAUAGCAGACAUCAGCACCAGCCCUGGAGACGGAGUGCACCGACGGAACAGUGCACUGCCCCGCAGAGAGAGAGAGCGAGAGAGGGAUAGAGAUAGACAAGAGGAGAGCAGGAACACACAGGAGAGGAGAAGAGAAAGCAGCACAGUAAAAGAAGAGAGAACACAGGAGAAGGAUCCACACUGCUGAACUGUGAAAAAAGAGGGGGGGGAGAGAGCAAAGAGAUAAAGAAGGCGUAUGCACACGUUUGUCAGAGCGAGAGAUAGAGAGAGGAGUGUGUGAAGAGAGAGAGAGAGAGAGAGUGGGCGAGGAGAAGUUUGAAGCCAGCGGAAAGAGUCCUGCCUUUCCCCUGCGUCCACUCUGCCUGCAGUGGAGUCCAACGGAGGAAUGAGAGAAGCAAGCAGCUGACCUGGACACUCGUUUACCCGGGGGGGGGUCGACCUGAGAGAGAGAGAGAGAGAGAGAGAGAGAGAGAGAGAGAGAGCGAACGAGAGGGAGAGAGAGAACGAGAGGGAGACAGAAGGCGAGAGGGAGAGACUGCUGCUGCUGCUCCGUCCACCAGACGCCCGACUGGACUACUGGGGCAUACUCCGCUUUGGCCAGCUACACAGCAGGAGCUCAGAUCAGCAGCUGAUCUGACACACACGCUCACACACAGACACACACACACACACACACACACACACACACACACACGCACACACACACACACACACACACGCGCGCAUGCAUGCACAUGCGUCUCCUUGGUCUCUCUCACUAACCCACUGGCCGAGAAAGCUCGUUAUUCUCAGCGUGUGAAGGAGGACACACAGAGAACGUGUGCGCAAGAGAGAGAGAGAAGGGGAGAAAGAGAAGGAGAGAGAGAGAGAAAGAAAGAGGGAAAAGGAGAGACUUGUGCCUUUCUCUGAAGCCUGCUUCUGAGCAGCCCUUGGACACACAUCACCUUCUUUUUUCUCUUGUUCGUUUCUUCAUCGCCGUUUUUUUUCUCCUACUGUGAUUCUGCCGGCGUUUUUGACUUUUAGCCGUUUUAUGUUUUUUCGCAUUCUUAUGAUUCGCCCCAAGCGCACGACAUGGUCGAGCGUGCCCUCGUAGAGUCCCCGCGCCGUCGCCGAAGCCCCAAGGCAUGGAGAAGUCAAGUAGCGAGGAAUCGGCCAUCCACCGUAGUCCUUCCCUGGACAGCCACGACUCGGAGUUUGCGCGCGCUUCUGCCGCCACCGGGGGGCCGGCGCUUUGGGGGCCGCGGUUUCACCGCCGGCGCCUUUUACGGCUCCACGGGGCCCCGCGCGGGGGCCACCGCCACCACCGCGGGCCGCUCAGGCCCCCGGCCGAGUGCGCCAACCCGGGUGGCAUCACUGCCGCCGGCCCCACUGCCGCUGGAGACAAGGGCAGCGAGAACAAGUACAAGGCGCCCAAGGGCAGCAAGUACGUGGUCUUUUACCUGGAUCUGUCCUUUGUCUUCCUCCUAGAGUUCAAGAAGUGCAACAUGGCGCGCGGGUGCCUCUGCUGUCUCAAGUACAUGAUGUUCCUCUUCAAUCUCAUCUUCUGGUUGUGCGGUUGUGGUCUACUGGGCGUGGGCAUUUGGCUCUCGGUGUCCCAGGGCAGUUUCGCAACCUUUUCGCCUUCCUUCCCCUCUCUGUCCGCCGCCAACCUGGUCAUCGCCAUCGGGGCCAUCGUCAUGGUGACCGGUUUCCUUGGCUGCCUGGGUGCCAUCAAGGAAAACAAGUGCCUGCUUCUGAGCUUCUUUAUUGUCUUGCUGGUCAUCCUGCUGGCUGAGCUCAUAUUGCUCACCCUGUUCUUCGUAUAUUCUGACAAGGUCAGUGAGAAUGCUAAGCAGGAUCUGAAAGACGGCCUCGCACUCUACAACACAAACAACAACAUCGGCCUGAGGAAUGCCUGGAACAUCAUCCAAGCAGAGUGGAAGUGUUGUGGAGUGACUGGCUACACAGACUGGCACGAGGCCCUGAAGGAGAAAGUGGUACCCGACCGCUGCUGCCAAGAGCACUACCAGGAGUGUGGGCGCAACUCCACCAACAUGUUCUGGAACCGGGGGUGCUAUGAAAAAGUGGAGGAGUGGCUUGAUGACAACAAGAACCUGCUGUGGACGAUCGCCAUGGUUAUCUUGGUCGUGCAGCUCCUGGGCAUGGCUUUCUCCAUGACGCUGUUCCACCAGAUCCAUCGGACUGGGAAGAAGUAUGAAGCCUAACGGCAUCGACACCCUCCACAUCCAACCAGCCCUCCAUCCCUUUAACCCCCACCCACCCACCCUGGCCACCACCACAAUCCCCCCCUCCACACACACACACACACACACACACACACACACACACACACACAUAUAUACAUACACACACACAGACACACACACACACACACAAUCCUGGGAUGGCCUCCGGAGGGCCGUGUUUCUGCCCCUUCGUCUGCCCUGUUCUCUUUAGGGUCCUGUGGCCCCAUCAGGCUCAUACAAACAUGCCCCCACCACCACCACCACCACCACCACCAUCACUCCACAGGACCCCCCUUCACCACCACCACCACCAACAACAACAACCCCCCGCCCCCACCCUGCACCCGCUCCUCCUUUCACUUCAGUACUCGUUUGCCAAAGAGAGACACAGAACGAUGCAGGAGAGUGCCGAGGAGCACUGGCGUCUGCCAGCCGGGGGCACGAGGCAGGCUGCUGCUGCGCGUUUUUCUAAAGGAUCCACACUGUUUCAGUUUUCUCUCUCUCCUCACCCUAUCUUUUCCUCCUUCGGCUUGGACUAACUAACUGUUUGCAGAAAGAGGGACAAAAACAAAAUGAGAAACAAAACACAUACAAACAACAUUUUUUUUUUUUUUUUCGUCUGGAACUGGGACAGCUUCAUUGCUUUACUAACACAGAUUUACAGAGACAACUCGUACAGAAAUACAUGUACAAACACUACUCCCUUCAGUCCCGCCAUUUCUGUAAGGCAAAGGAAAGACAUUUCUAAAAGAAGAGAAAGAAUGAAUGAAAGAAAGAGAACAGAAGCAAACUGUUGUUGUUCUGGGCCCCUCUGCCAGUCAUGGAUGUGUAUGUAAGUGUAGCUAAAUGUUAGCAGCCGCCCCCUGUGUACAUGAGUGAAGAGCCCCGACCUUUAGCAUGCUCUAGUUUUCUACUCCAUGUUAAGAGACAUUCAUUUGCUUUGUUUUUGUUUUGGUUUGUUUUGAUAUGUUUCAGCUCAGAACAAAUGUUGUACCCUCCCAUA